GCGGCUGGAAGAUGGCGGGGAACGACUGCGGCGCGCUGCUGGACGAGGAGCUCUCCUCCUUCUUCCUCAACUAUCUGGCAGACACGCAGGGUGAGGCAGCCGGUGAGGAGCACCUCUGCGCGGACUUUCCUGAGCUUGACCUCUCUCAGCUGGAUGCUACCGACUUUGACUCAGCUACCUGCUUUGGGGAGCUGCAGUGGAGCCCGGAGAACUCUGAGACUGAGCCUCACCAGUACAACCCUGACGACAGUGAGCUCUUCCAGAUUGACAGUGAGAAUGAGGCCCUCCUGGCCGCACUCACCAAGACCCUGGACGACAUCCCUGAAGAUGACGUGGAGCUGGCUGCCUUCCCAGGCCUGGAGGAGGGGGACACACCCUCCUGCACCUCAGCUUCACCUGGCCCCUUGUCUACGCCCCCCAGUCCUGCCAUGGAGAGGCUCUUGGCUCCAGUGUCUGAGGUUGAUGAGCUGUCACUGCUGCAGAAGCUCCUCCUGGCCACUUCCUCCUCAACUCCAGCCUCUGAAUCCCAGAAGGAGGGGACUUCCUGGCGCCAAGCCAGCCUCAGGUCCAGGCGUCAGCGGCCUUGUGUCAAGGUGGACAACACCCAGGACAAGAAGGUCCCCAUGCCACGGUGCCAAAGCCGGAAUUGUACAGAACUACAUAAGCACCUUACCUCCGUGCCAGCCUGCCCCCGUGUCCCGGGCACGGGCCUGCAGCUGCCACCAGGCCUGAGUCCCCAACGUCUCGCCAAGGAGGAUGAGGAGCCAGGGGAGGACUGUCCAAUCCCCUGGCCUGCUGCAGCCUCUCCCCAAGACUCUCUGGCUCCAGACAUUGCCCAGGGUUCCCAGGAGGACGUGAAGGCAGUGGUACAGCUCAUCCGCUACAUGCACACCUACUGCCUGCCCCAGAGGAAGUUGCCCCCACAGGCCGCAGAGCCGGCCACUCAGCCCUGCAGCAGCCCCUCCAGGCAGGCCCCACGGCGGCCUCGGCACUCCUCCAAAGCCUCCUGGGCAGAGUUCUCCAUCUUGAGGGAACUUCUAUCCCAGGAUGUGUCCUGUGAUGUCAGCAAACCCUAUCGCCUGGCCACGCCUGUCUAUGCCUCCCUCACAUCCCGGCCAAGGCCCAGGGCCUCCAAAGACAGCCAGGCCUCCCCUGCUCACCUAUCCCCUGUGGAAGAGGUGAGGAUUGCAGCUUCACCCAAAAGCACUGGGCCCAGACCCAGCCUGCGCCCACUGAGGCUGGAAGUGAAAGGUGAUGUCAGCCAGUCUGCCAGGAAGCAGGAGGAAGAAGAUGAAGAUGAGGAAGAUGAGGAGGAGGAGGAAGAAGACAAAGAAGAAGAGGAGGAGGAGGAGGAGGAGUGGGGCAGGAAGAGGCUGGGCCGAGGCCUGCCCUGGACCAAGCUAGGGAGGAAGUUGGAGAGCUCUAUAUGUCCCGUGCGGCGGUCGCGAAGACUGAACCCCGAGCUGGGCCCCUGGCUGGCAUUCACUGAUGAGCUGCUGGUCCCUUCAGAGCCCCGAGAUGCUUUGCCCUCCUUGUGCCAGGCUCCUGGGACUUACCACGCAGAGGAGGACGUGGGCAGCCUCGUCGAUGAGGACAGUGGCCAAGAUCAACAGGGCCUCCGGGGCCCCCAGAUCCCAGCCCUGGAAAGCCCCUGUGAAAGUGGGUGUGGGGACCCGGAUGAUGACCCCGGCUGCCUGCAGCUCCCUUCCAGAGACUCUCCCAGGUGCCUCAUGCUGGCAUUGUCACAAAGUGACCCUCUUGGCAAGAAGAGCUUUGAGCAGACCUUGACAGUGGAGCUCUGUGGCACCGCAGGACUCACCCCACCUACCACACCUCCAUACAAGCCCACGGAGGAGGACCCCUUCAAGCCAGACAUCAAACACAGCCCUGGCCAAGAUGCAGCUCCCAGCACCCCUGAGGCUCUUCAGCUCACAGCCUCCCCAGGGGUUGCCCAGAGGCUGCCCAAGAGGCAACCGGAGCGAAGUGAGCUCCUGUCUCACCUGCGACACACCCCGGCCCAGCCCAUCUCCCAGGCUGGCCAGAAGCGCCCCUUCUCCUGCUCCUUUGGAGACCAUGACUACUGCCAGGUGCUCAGGCCAGAGGGCGCCCUGCAGAGGAAGGUGCUGAGGUCCUGGGAGCCAUCUGGGGCCCGUCUGGAGGACUGGCCCCAGCAGGGCACCUCCCCAAAGGCUGAACCACAGCCCCCUAGGAGGGAGGAAGACCGGAGUUGUGAUCCUGGCCCCCCACCCAGGGAUAGCAUGCAGCUGAGAGACCAUGAGAUCCGCGCCAGCCUCACCAAGCACUUUGGGCUGCUGGAGAUGGCCCUGGAUGAUGAAGACCUGGCCUCAUGCAAGAGCCCUGAGUAUGACACCGUCUUUGAGGACAGCAGCAGCAGCAGUGGUGAGAGCAGCCUCCUCCUGGAGGAGGAGGAGGACGAGGGCGUGGAGGAGGAGGACGAUGAAGAAGAGGACUCAGGGGUCAGCCCCCCUUGCUCCGACCACUGCCCCUACCAGAGCCCACCCAGCAAAGCCAGCCGGAAGCCCUGUUCCCGCAGCCGCUCGAGCUCCGGCUCCUCAUCCUGCCGAUCCUGGUCACCAGCCACCCGAAGGAAUGACAGAUGUGAGAGCCAAGGGCCCUGUUCGGAUGGAAGGCCAAGCAUCCGUCACGCCACGAAGCGGUGGGAAAAGGCCAUUGGCGAAGGCCGCAUGGUAUACGUUCGGAAUCUCUCCAGCGAUAUGAGUUCGAGAGAGCUGAAGAGGCGCUUUGAGGUGUUUGGAGAGAUUGUGGAGUGCCAGGUGCUGACAAGAAGUAAGAGGGGUGAGAAGCAUGGCUUCAUCACCUACCGGUGUUCGGAGCACGCAGCACUCUCUCUGAGGAAUGGUGGGACACUGAGGAAGCACCACGAGCCUUCCUUGCAGCUGAGCUAUGGAGGACUCCAGCACUUCCGCUGGCCCAGAUACACUGACUAUGAUCCCACUUCAGAAGAGGCCCUUCCCACGUCUGGGAAAAGCAAGUAUGAAGCCAUGGAUUUUGACAGCUUACUGAAAGAGGCCCAGCAGAGCCUGCAUUGAUAACAGCCUUAACCUUCGAGGAAUACCUCAAUACCUCAGACAAGGCCCUUCCAAUAUGUUUACGUUUUCAAAGAAAUAAGUAUAUGAGAAGGAGAGUGAGCGAGCAAGCGUGAGAGAACACACAUGAGAGCGAGCGAGCGAGCGAGCGAGACUUGGAACUGCUGUUCUUUCCUUUAAAAAAAAAUCAAUGUUUACAUUGAACAAAGCUGCUUCUGUCUGUGAGUUUCCAUGGUGUUGACAUUCUACUGCCGCAUUAGUGACCUCGCUUCCAGUAGGCUGUCCUGGGUGUGCCUCGAAGUGCUGGUUCAGUCGCCCUCUGCCCCUCCUGCCCGACUGACUUCCUCUUGUAGAACUUGCCCUGUGUUCCCUGUAGCAUCUGUCUGUAGUGUGUGCUGAUGAAAUUGCUCUUUGUGAAUAGAAUCAGGACUAUAAACUCAUUUUUAAUGGAAGAACACAAAAGUAUAUCCUUAAAAUAAUGUAUUUACGGCUCAGAUGCACUGUACCUGGGGUUCUUGUAUUGCUUCCUCAAUUUUUUUUUUUAAAACUGUGCACUGUCAUGAGGUGUUUGCUACUGAGCUGUGCUGCUCCCCUGGCCAGAUUGCCCUGGAGAUGCUGGGUCGCUGCUGUUCAGGU